GCGGCCGAGGCGCAGAAGGCAGUUGGUUCGCGCGCGCUCUCUCGUCGACGCUUUCGCACACACACGCACAUAGACAUGCUAUAUAACCUUUCGCUUUUCGCGUUGCGUUAACGUUCCCAAAGAAGAGUCUCGUUCCGUAUAUAUGCGCGUAUAGCCGCCGCCGCCGCCGCAUUAUACAUGUAAAGCUCGAGCUUCUUCGGGGGUAUAUAACAGUUUGCAGUUUUUAGUUGAUACCCGAAAAUCGCGCACGUAGCGCGCGCCGAGCUCGCUCUCUCGCAAAAACGUUGAUCGAGUUUUUCAAACUGCUCUGCCUAACGUCUGGCAGUCUGCAGGAGCGAGCGAGAUAGAGACGUUGUCGUAUGUAGCAGCAGCGCCACCCCGUAUAUACAUACAUAAAGCUGCACAAAUUAUUAUUUAUAUAUACGCGUGAAAAAAAUUAGCGAGUAUAUAGUGUGCACCGUGACCAUUCGGCAAUUCGACUCUCAAAGUUCGCAGUGCAGUGCUAAUUGUGUGUCAGUGUGUGUAUCGUUGGUGCAGCGUGUGUAUAUAUAAAUACAUGCGCAUGUCGUUAUAAACGUUAUACGUUGAAGCGAGUCGACAGAACUCGCGCGCGCGAUGCUGCGCUGCGCCGUGCAGCGCGCACACACGAUAAAACGAUUCAAGUAAGUAGUGCUAGCGUGAAACAAUAAUAAAAAAAAACAAGAGUAAAUCCCGCGAGUGCAGUGUGCAACGCAACGCGACGCGACGCGCCGAGCAGCAACAGUCUCGUUAACUAUAUACAUAGUACACAUUAUUAUUAUUAACGUAUAUACAGCAGCAGAGACAGAGAGAGAGAGAGAGAUAGACCUUCUCUCUCGUUCGUUCGCGCGCUCGCACGGGGUAUAACAUAUACACGAUACACAUUAUUGUGUGUAUCCGCACACGCGAGAGAGAAAAAGAGCUGUGCUGUUGUGUGUGCCCGCGUCUCUGGUGGAAAACUCUCGGAGAGGCCUUUUGUCAGCAAAAAAAAAAAAAACUGAUAUACGCGCGAGGCGUAUGAUAUAGUUGGUCGUAUUAUAUAUACAACGUCCAGGUAUAUAUAUAACGAGUGCAGCAGCAUAUCGUCGUGAGGUGCGCGCGUGUUGUGAAACUGCAGUUACGAGAGGCAUAUAUCGCGAGAGCAGCAGAGUCGCUUGGUCCUCUCUCGCACUCUCGUCGAGUCGUGUCGUCGUCGUGUGUUCAAAACCGUCGCUUUUAUAUUUAUAUACAUAUAUAAUCCAGUGGUGUGUGUGCGUGCGUAUAUAUACGUGUGCGCGGCGCGCUUCGGUUCUCUCUGUGUUGUAUUAUAUGUGUGUGAGUGUCCGUGUCUCUCUGUGCAUCUCUCGCUCUCUCAACGAAAAAAGAAACUCGAGAGCUGAAAAUUCCGUUGAAGACACGAGCGGCAGGCGUCAGCGGUGGCAGCUGUACUUGUAUACCGUGUAACGCACAACUUAAAAUAUACCAAAAUAAUAAUAAUAAUCGUACGCGACGACGAAGACGAGCAGUACUUGGUCCUGUAUAAAAGUGCGCGCGUGCGAAAGUGGUGUAAAAUCCCCGUGUGAAUUUAUCAACCAACGAUUCCGAAAGUGUACAAAAAGUGAGGUGUCAAAUGUUGAUGAUCAGGACGGCGGCGCAGCAGCAGCAGCAGCAGCAGCAGCAGCAGCAGUUGUUAUUAUUACCGAGAUCAUCGAUGCCGAGAGGCGAAUUUUUUCGAUGCGACUCGCAGCGCGUCGGCCGCACCAUUGUGGACUGCAACGACUACUCCGUAUCAUUAUCUGCCCCGACGGAUCGUCGUCAGCAUCCUCGUCGUCGUCAGUAGAGAUAAGCAGCGAACUACAGCGAGGCGAGGCCGCUGCCUUAGCCGCCGCCGAUUUCGCCCGCACGAGCUGACCUUAAACACUCGUGCCAGGUGUCAAGUGUAAACACGACGACGACGUCGUCGUCGCGCGCAACAAACCGCCUACGGGCGAGAAAGAAGAAGAAAAGUUAGCCGGUGGGUCCGUCGCCACCGACUUCUGGAUUUCCGUCGUCGUCCAGCAGCAGCAGCAGCCGCGACAUGACGAGCCACAACGACACGGCGAUGGACAUCGGUGGAGGAAGCUGUGCCAGCUCUACCACCGACGAGGGACACUAUUAUUACACCAACAAUUAUUCUACGAUACCUCGUAAAAAGCGGAUAUGUCUGGUUGGUGUAGCUAACGAUAAUCCUGCUCUGGGUGCUGCAGCUCAUCAUUUUGAUGUCCCUGUUCUUAAAUCUGAGACUGGAGUGGAGCUCGUAGAUGAUACCACAUACUGCACCUAUUUUAUUCUCACAGAAUUUGAGACUCCGAUAUUCGAUGUAUUAUAUAAAAGUGCACACCGGAUAUUGGGUCCAACGGCUCUGUUGCAGCUGGAACAGAAAAAAGAACCACUACCCAGCAACAAUAGACCAAUGUACACUCGCUCCAUGUUUGGUACAGCAAUUGUUUUUACAGGAUUUAGGGAAAAAGAAGAAUUGACCAAACUUAUUAAAAUAAUCCACUUCAUGGGAGGUAGUGUAAAAAGAGACAUGGGCACAAAAACAACACAUUUGAUAGCAAAGACUUGUGGUGGUGAAAAAUGUAGAUAUGCAGAUACGUUUAGAGUUCCCAUCUUGAAACCAGGUUUUAUUGAAGAAUUAUGGGCUGACCGGGACAAUCUAGAUAGCCAUUAUGAUCAGGAAGAGUUGAUAGUCAAAUAUCAAAUGUUACCAUUUACUGGUGCACGGAUCUGUUUUCAUGGUUUCACAGCAGAUGAAACGAAGCAUAUGGGUGAUAUGCUUAAACAAUAUGGAGGGCAAGUGGUUGAUUUAACAGAUUCAAAUGUCACUCACGUGGUUUCUGAUGACCCUAUUCGCUCCUCUCUUUGUUUACCCAAAGUUCCUAAAAUAACUCUACCUCGCUUGAUUAUACCACCACCUCCAAGAUAUUUGGAAGGAUCUCUAACAGUGCCAACUCCAAAACAACGCAGUUCUAUGCUACAUUCAUUUGCCUCUUACAAUCCUUCUUACUCUAACACAACUGUAUCGUCGGAAAACUCAAUUCUCAUGGAAGACAUUAGUGAAGAUUCUGCUAUUUUUAUGGACAUAUCAAAUGAUCUAGCAAGCAACUCAUCUAUCAACUCACCCUACUCUAACAGUGUUAACGAGAAUGACUCCAUGGACAUUGAUUCUUAUUUCGAGCCGGUUUUGCGCAAAAAGCACAAAAAAUUCGAGGAUCAUCGUGUUAACCGCAGCAUGUGUGAAACACCAACCAGCCAUAAUCGCUCCUGUGGAAGUAAAGGCAAAAUAUCAACGCCCAAACGUUACAUGCGAUGGCGACGAUCGGUAGGAUCCUGGACCUCGCCCCCGAUGGUUCAUCAACCGCGUUUUUCCUAUCAGUCGAGGAGCAAUGCCAGUGAACGAAGUUUCAGUGAAACACGCAAACGCUUGGGCAGGUGCUUGCGACGUAGCUCUCAGCUGUUUUCAAAAAUCAGCGAAAUAGUUUUUCCAUCGAAUUUCAAGCAGUACACACCGGUAUCUCCGGGGGGCAGACGCGAUCACCAUCAGGACGAGACACCUACUAAUGCCAAGCAAAAGUAUACUCCACUGCCAAGCCCUAUUCUUGGGCCUGCUAGGACAGCUCGCUUUAGAGAUAAUAAAAAUAAUGCGAAACCAUAUAGGUGUCAGAGAAGACCGAGUUUACUGGAAAGAAGGAUAGCUAAAAGAUGUCAAGAAAAUUCUUUUUUGGUUGUGGACGAAACUCAAAAGAAGAUGCCUGACGUUAUUUCGGAAAGAGCUUGCGUUGUCAAGUCAGAGUGGUUUUGGGCUUCCAUACAGAAUCUCGUCGUAGCUGAUGAAAGAGAAUACCUUUUCGCAAAUCAUUUGGAAAUCACAAAAUCAACACCAUUAGUAAAUCGUGAAAUUCCAACACCAGAUACGGGUACACCGUCAUCUGCGUCGAAAAGGAAGAGAAAACGUCUGGCAGAAACACUAAAUUACAAUAAUGGUCAAGCUCCUCCAACACCUACAAGCGUUAAUAAACGCCGAUCGAGCCUUAGCGAUGUCCUGAGCUUAAAUGGUAGCUAUCUUGACCGAACAGUCAGUCCGGAUAAAAAGUAUCUUGAUGAUAUUUCAGAAGUUGAAACGUCCAAUACAGAUGCUGUGAUAAAAAAUUUGUCCCCUAGACAUCAAGUGUUUCUUGAACUCCUUCAAACAGAAUCCAAUUAUGUUGGCAUUUUAAGCACAAUUAUGACGAUGUUCAAGUCGCCAUUGGAAGCCCUCAUAGAUAGUAAAAAUGAAUUAUUAAAUGGUACGGAAGCUAAAAUAAUUUUCGGCAAUUUUCCGCCGAUUUACGAAGUUCACAAAAAUAUGUUGGAUGAACUAAGACACUGCGCAAAUCACUGGACCGAAGAUACUUGCAUAGGCGUUAUUUUUCUCAAAUAUGUACCGGAUUUGAUCAAAGCUUAUCCGCCAUAUGUGAAUUUCUUUGAAAACACAAAGGAAAUGCUCGAUCAGUGCGAUCAAAAUAAGCCUCGGUUUCAUGCCUUUUUAAAGGUUUGCCAGACAAAGCCAGAUUGUGGCAGACAGAGUUUGAAGGAAUUACUUAUAAAGCCCGUUCAACGACUUCCCAGUAUUAGCUUAUUAUUAAACGAUAUACUUAAGCAUACAAGUAAGAGUAAUCCAGAUCAUAGUGCCUUGGAGAAGUCAUUAAAUAGCAUUAAGGAAGUAAUGACGUAUAUUAACGAAGAUAAACGUAAGACUGAGGGUCAGUUGGCUAUGUUCGACAUAUUCAACGAGAUCGAUAACUGCCCACCACAUCUCGUAUCAUCACAUCGUUCAUUCAUCGGCAAAUGCGAUGUAACAGAAGUGCACGAAGAGCUAAGCCGUCGUGGAGACCAUCUCGUUUUAUUUUUGUUUACCGAUACUUUGGAAAUCUGCAAAAAACGAUCAAAAGGCAUUGAAAAGAUGAAAAGUCCAAAUUCUACGGUUCACAGUGGUUUUCACACGGUAAAAGUCGACAAGGGCAAACCUUACAAGCAUAUCAGGAUGCUUCCGUUGAGCGCCAUCAAAAGGGUCGUUGACAUUCGCGAAACUGAUGAUUGUCGUAAAGUAUUCGCUCUUAUGGUUCGCAAUAAUCAAGAGCUUAAAGAUAAAUUCUACACGUUCGCUCUACUUGACGAAGAGGUGGACAAAACCAAGUACCUUAAAUCGUUGUGUCGACAAAUGGCCAAUACUAUUUGCAAAGCUGAUUCAGACUCGUUCCUCAUCGAGCUUGACUUUAAUCAACUUGAAGGUAGCAAUAGUGAGGUAUCAGUAGGGACACUGAGCAAAGCAUUUAAGAAUCUAUUUCGUAAUUUUAACCUGGAUGAUACGGAUUCGUUUGCAACUCGUACUAGAAUGAAAGUAGGUAGGGCAUUUAGCUUCAACAAGACUCCCAACAAGCUGAAACGAGCCAUGUCGACGAUGAUGUCUCCAUUUGGCUCGACUACUAGUCUCACUCCAGCGAGUCGUCAACUAGCACAAAUGCGACUAGCCAGCUGCAACAACCUAAACGAACUAGGAUCGAGUACUCAGUCGACACGCGACGAUCUCCUCGUUGCGCCAAUGUCAGUGCAGCCAACGCGGAAAGCCAAAUGCAACACACUCUCCGUGGCUGCGAUUCGCAGAAAUGGUUCGGACGAGGCCAUAGAACGCAAUGCCAGAAAUGGUUCGGAAGAGGCCAAAGACCACAGCGCCGAUUCGGAUUGAGUUAAAGCCCUAUCUAUCGAUAACAAGCUUGUGAGACGCUCACGUUUCCUAGGAUCUUAAAUAUUGGGUAUAAUGUCCCGAGAAACGGAUAGUGGGACCAAUUAUUCAAGUUCUUAAACUUCAAUGUGCCUCACGAUGUUAACUAUUUUUUUAUGGAUAUUAAAUGCAAGUUCUGCGUAGUGUAAAACGUUCUUGAAGACAGUGGUGAUGACUCUUACUUCGAAUUAAAAAGAGCCUACAUACGCAAGAUGAACGAUUCAUUACUCUUCGAGUUUCGUCGCCUUUGAAGAUUUUCAACCAAAACUGUAAAACUUAUGCAUAAAUGUACUUCCAUUAAUCUUGCGUUUAAAAAGAAUUAUACGCACGGAAAUGUGACUGAUAAACUUAAAAAUUGCUUAAUGCGAGAUAAGUUGUAAAGGCCUGUAUUUUUUCAAUUAUAAUUCGAAGCGACAUCAUUAAUAAGUUUGAAGUGAAAAAUUUUCAAAGUUCUAUGUGACUGUGAUUGUUGCUGUGCCAAUGAGUUCGUAUACAACUUUGAUGGUUACAAUUGAUCCAAAGCCUUGAGACUGUAACUUCGAAAGUUGUUGCAUAAUUUAAUAUCAUAAUCAAUAAAAAAUAGUAUUAAGCCCCGAUACUAAAAGAAAGUUGAUUCUUCAUGAAACAGGAUGACAAGCUUAUAUGGUUGUGUAUUUUGAUUUUUGAACUGCUUUAUAUACUGCGAAAUAGUUAAGAAUUAUUUUUUUAUAAGUGCGUACAUUUCUUGCUCUAAUUUCUCCCGAAAACUUGUAAAUAAAUUGUUGAAACUUUUUUUUUGUUUUGCACGCGAGUUUGCCAGUGCUUAAUAUAGCAAACACGAUCAAAAUCAUUUCUAACCAUCAGAAUUGUAAAAGUACAACGAACAAUGGAAAAAGAAAAGAGAACAAAAAUCGAAUAGAGUUUGAUUAAUUAUUGCCUGUAAAUAGACACGUUGUUAUUAUUCCUAUUAAGCCCCACAUUUGUUUUUGUAACUGACGAAAAGUUUUUAAUUCAAAAUUAAAACAAAACUGAUGAAAGACAAAAAAUAAAAAUUAAGAGAGUCCGAUUUAAGGAUAUAUUAUUUAUUGUAAUUAUUUUUAACUAAGCUUAAGUUAUCGUAAUAAAAAAUUAGCUAAGAGCUUUAAUAUGCAAACGUUACA